AUGACAAUAGCAGAUAUAGAUGAUAUGCUUCGAGACUUGGAAAAAGAUGUACAGGAUUUUACCUUGUCUAUGACUGAUCAGCAAGUUAUAAGCGGCGUACCUGCUAUUACUGCUCUAGAACAGCAUCAUCCUCAUUAUAGACAACAACCAGUGUCGCCUGACAACGUUCCACUACGUCUGUAUGCAACGUCAAAUUCUACUACACAACAGUCUUCUCCACCUGCUCCUCAUCCGCAUGCCGUUACUCUCGAUUAUAUGACCAAACAUAAAAAAGAAGGAGAAGAGGAGGAAGAAGAAGAGAUCAGUUUGGGACGCUUAUUACAACGUUCUGCAACUACCCGUCCAACAGCUUCUAAUACAAAUAGUACAGCACCAACAAAACUACUUCAGACUUCAAAGUCAUUGAAAAGUGCAACCGGACGUGAUCAGUUUCGAAUGAAAAAAUCGCUGGGAACAGAAGCAGAUAAUAGUGCUGUACAACAGUCCUCAUUACAACCUUCUAUAUCUUCUUCGUCAACAGCAACAACAGCUUCAUCUCUCUCAUCAUCAGCUCAUUCCAUACCUCCAGUACCCUCUAUACCUGCCAUGUUAUCGAAUACCUCAACCAAUGCAUCAGCUGAGUUAGCAGGCGAGGACGAUUUACGUUUUGCUAUGCAUAGAGCUUGGGCUGUAUUGGACGGUCAACCUUCAACAAACAAGUCAGAGAGUGCUGCUUCAGCAACUGCUGCAAUGUUAGAAGAAACUAUCAAAUCACCCACGCAAUCUAGUUUUCAACAACAACAACAUCAUCAUCAUCCUUCCUCUGGUUUACAUCAUAGUACUUCAGUAAAACGAAGCAACCACCCAGCAACAGGAGCAACAUCAAAUUUAAAAGCUGUGAAUACUCGGAUUUUUAUUAAUGAUGCCAAGACAUAUAAAGCAGUGCAAUUAACCAACAUUUUGACAACUGCAAUGGUAGUACAAUAUCUAAAAAGAAAGGGGCUAAUUGAUCCAGACUCGGAUGAUUGGACACUAUUUGAAAUCGAUAAUCAACAUGGUGUUGAGAGGCCUCUACGAGAAUGGGAAAUUCCUUAUGAGAUUGUAAACAACUGGGAUCUCAACACUAACAAUGCAUUACUAGUUAAGAAGUACAAUUACCAUUAUACAUUGACUCCAGAAAGUCUGUUUGAAAGGAAAGUGCCACCUAUGCAAGGCUUUGUAUGCAUCGAAUAUAAGAAAGGAAAAUGGCAGAAGAAAUAUUGUUUUAUUAAAGAUAAUGCAAUUCAAUAUGCCAAAGAUAGUAAGACAUUGGCAAACGCUUCCAUCUUGUGUCAUCUAGCAUCCUAUGAUGUCUAUACAUUGCUCCAACCUUUGACAUCAACAACACCUUCGCCUUUUGUUAUUGCCAUCAGAGCGCAAGACAAAUCGACUAUCUUUGAGCGUGAGGGAGACUACAUGCGCUUUUUGGCUAUCGACGACCCAGAAAAGAUGAAGAACUGGGUACUCAGUUUGAGAUGUGCAAGGAGUCAGAUACAAUAUCAAUAUUCUCCACAAAGAAUAACCAACCCAUUAGCCCAUAUGGCGACCCAUAAUAACGGAGAUGGUCUGCGCAGAAACAAAUCCACAAAAGACUUGCAUACAACAGCAGGCUUUUCAAGAAGUGAAUCUACGCGCAGACCGGAUAACGAGCAACGGCAUUUAACGAGAAGCAACACCACGUCAAAAGGAACAAGUCUAAGCCGUUCAGCUACAACACAGGCGAAAAUGACCGAUACUGCCAAUAGCAGUAGUGGUUCUGAGGGAGGAACAUUGAUUGAUUGCACCGAACAUUCUACUUUCAGUAAAGGAUCUUUAUUGGCGAAAGAAGAAACACACGAACAAAUUCUUUAUAGACAGCAGCAGCAACAGCAACAACAACAAGAGUUACAUGAGGAAGCCUCCAGUCCUUCGAAUACUUUAAUUCAAAUUGAUGAUCGUGUCAAAUUCGCCAAAGGUUCGCUUUUGGACAAAAAAAUGUCGAGAUCAAAAAGUGUACGCGAUGUAGCUAAUACAUCGACCACUACACAUGCUGCUGAGGAAGGUGGGCAGCUUAGAAGUCAUGCAUCUAUUCGUAGAAGACCCACAGCAGCAAGUAAACGUCCUCAACAGCAUCAUCAUGAUGUCCCUUUACCCAAUAAUGCAGCUAUCGCGUCUUUGCCUUCUUCGAAUGCUGCUCAUCAUCACCAUUAUAAUGGUAAUACUAAUGGCAGCAAUGGUACACUUCUAAAACUGGAUGAUACUCCAGAGAAAAAUCAUUCCAGACAAUUACAUAAUAGACAUGUGAAACCGUUGCUUGAAUUUUAA